AAAUAGUCAUAAAAACAAACAAUUUGAGAAGCCGAACAUAUCGAAUAACAAAGCAAUUUAUUUUAAUUGAAACCGUAUAGUACGCUGAAAACUACGUUCUGAAGAAUCUAGGCCCAACCGUCAUAUGUUCGGCUAACACACAAAGACUCGAAGAGUAAAAAUGCCUACAAAUCAAUGGCUACACGGCUAUUUCUCAAAACUAAAUCCACUGGCCGAGAAGAUAGCGUUUGAUAUGAGCGAAGUGAUUUCUGCCUAUGAUCACGUUUGGCUAACCCUAACUCCAGCUGAGCAAGAAAAUAUUUUGAAUGAUACCAUUAUAAAACCGGAAAUAACUAUAAGAUAUUAUAAUAACUCGUUAAGCUCGAGUACACAAUCGAGUACCCAAUCUCGUAAAGACUCGGAUCCUCGUUCGAACAAGAAUAAGGCGACAAAAGGCCAGAAGAAUUUAAUAUAUGGAUUCGAUAGAUUGAAUUUAUGUACAUUUAUUCAACAAAACGUCGGCCUAAAGAUUCUCCAUGACGAAAACAUUGGCGACUAUCGGGAUGAGCAUUCAUUUCCAUUUAGUUACAAAACGAAAUCCCAAAUGAAUCUAAACGAACUUGGAAUAUGCAAAAUAGUUUCAAUAGCAAGUACACCGAAAAGGAUACCACCGUUUCAAGCAAAAACUAUUCAAGAAGCUAAAGCUCAGCCAGAGCUUAAAACAGAGCCGGAACCAGAACCAGAAGCAGAACGAGAAAGCGUUUAUCAGAACCAAAUAAAAUCGCCAUCAGGUAGGGAGGAAGAGGAGUCUAGGAAUAGGAAUAUAAAUAAGUGUACGGAGCCGAUUAAUUUGAUUGCCGUUGAGAAGUUAAAUUUACUAUCGAAUUUCGGAUCUAAGAACACUUUGUUAAGCGUAUCAACUGAUUCAAACGAUUCCGAAAAUGACACCAAAGACCAGCACUCCGAAAACAGUAAACUAUUGCCAGAAAAAGUGCAAAUGCCUAAAGGAUUUGAUUUCCUAAGUAACUGGUAGCCUAUUCGAAUUUUUGCAUUAACAGUAACUAUACAUAUAUCCUUACCUUUACCAAAAAGAAAAAAAAAAAACAAUUCAGUCUGAAUUUAUCAUUAGAUAUUAUCACAUAACGUUUUUAUAAAAGAAGCCAUGUUUGGCAUAAU